CGCGCUUGCUGUUGCGAAGGGGUAUAGCGUCGGGAACGAGCGCGCAGCAGACAGACUGACCAGAGACAGACGUCACGAAUCUGCAGAGAUGCUGUACGAAACGGGCUAGGAUAAAGACAUUUACAAACCACGCCGCCGUUUAUUCUUAUGUCAGAGCAAAAGACACCUUACCUCGUCUUCAUGGAUCAACGUAUCGCGUAUUUAUAAAAUUUGACGUCCUCAACAUGAUUUUGAAGCUUUAUUUGUGAGAUUUAAUAACAACACCCGGCGCUGUAAGGAUCGGGAUUGAGCAGGCACCCUAAGGCCCCAAUGCCUGACUCAGACCCACGUCACCGGUGUUAGAGGACAAGCUCGAAGCAGACCACAGAAGACAGGAUGAGCACAGUGCUGGAGCAGACAGACAUCUUGUCCACUGGCAUUGUGGUAAAGGAACGAUGGAAAGUACUGAAAAAAAUAGGUGGUGGUGGGUUUGGGGAGAUCUACGAGGCUCUGGACCUAAUGACCCAGUGCAGCGUAGCUCUGAAAGCAGAGUCAGCCCAGCAGCCUAAACAAGUUCUGAAGAUGGAGGUGGCAGUGCUAAAAAAACUUCAAGGAAAAAAUCACGUUUGUCGAUUUGUUGGAUGUGGCCGCAAUGAUCGCUUUAAUUACGUUGUCAUGGAACUUCAGGGUCGUAAUUUAGCAGACCUGAGGAGAAGUAUGAACCGCGGCACUUUUACAGUGAGCAGUACUCUCAGACUGGGUUUGCAGAUGCUGGAGGCUAUUGAGAGCAUCCACUCAGUUGGCUUUUUACAUCGUGACAUAAAACCGUCCAACUUUGCCAUGGGCCGAUUUCCUAGCACAUGUCGGACUUGCUACAUGUUAGACUUUGGUUUGGCACGGCAAUUUACUAACUCUUGCCAAGAAGUCAGACCGCCCCGCCCAGUUGCUGGUUUUAGGGGUACAGUACGCUACGCCUCAAUGAAUGCUCAUAAGAACAAGGAAAUGGGAAGACAUGAUGAUUUGUGGUCUUUGUUCUACAUGUUGGUGGAGUUUUUGGUCGGGCAACUACCUUGGAGGAAGAUAAAAGACAAGGAGCAAGUGGGGAAGUUAAAAGAGACGUACGAUCAUCGCCUCAUGCUGAAGCAUCUGCCCCCAGACUUUAGCGUAUUUCUGGACCACAUCAGCAAUCUGGACUAUUUUACCAAACCAGACUAUCAGCUAUUGAGGACCGUUUUUGAGAAGAGCAUGAGAACCUAUAACGUAGUGGAGAAUGACCCUUAUGACUGGGAAAGGAUAAGCUCAGACAGCCCAAUGACAAUCAACACCGCAGCAAACACACCACAGCACCACACACGCCUCACGCCAGCUCAGAUGGGCAUUGUGAAUGCCUCUUUGGUGCCUGGAGAUCUGAAGGAGAACACAGAUGAAGGUCUCCAGCACGAGCAGCUCAGUGAUGGAGACAAUGCCCGCCCUGAGCAAUUACCCGGAUCUCCUAACCUUCCACUCAGAAACCAGGAAACCGAUGUCUGGGAGGACCUGGACCGUAACCGCAACCGAAUCUGUCCUGUAGUCUGGAAGAUGGCAACAGAGGAGGAACAUAGUAACCAAGGCAUUCAGAGCCCCCAUGCAGGGCCUAGCAUUGGUUCUCCAGUGCGAGUCCGAUCAGAAGUGGUGCCCUCAGAUAGAGAGACUCCUCUUUUGAGGAAACUGCGCAAUAUUCACAGUUUUGAGCUGGAAAAGAGGUUAACUUUGGAGCCCAAACCCAAUACUGAGCGUUUUGUUGAGGCAUGCUCUGGUAAGCAGCUACCUGGUCCAGUGAAGGAAGGAGAAGGUAAUGGUGUCUCUGGCUUGGCCAAUGGAAGUCAUGCUGAGCAUGUUUGGCACUAUGACGAGGAAUUCCGCUCUGGUGGUGGCUCACUCAAGCCUGCUUCCCCGAUCUCUUUUGAGCUGGGUGAUGGUGCUGCUAACAGCGGCUUUGUCGCUCUUAACCUGAGCUCAGGACUACAAGACGUUGAGUUACAUGAUUGGGUGAUGGUGGAGAAGGGCUCUGAACUGCAGGACUUCAGAGAUGUGGCACGAAGUAGCCCUUGCCGGGAGGCCAAGCUCACUAGUAGUCCAUCAGGUGAUUGUGAAGAGGAACCAGAUGUUUUACAGCCAAUGGAUGAAUCACCAGACAAAGAGUCCACUCCUAGUCUAGUACAAGAAGGCAUUGCCACUUACACCACCCAGAGCCUUCUAAGAAUGGAGCGGUUGGAGCUGAGUGUUGUCCCUGCUACAGGUGUUACCCCCACCAGCCCUGCUGAGGCACUGGCUGAAGGAGCACUUACACAGCUUCCCACUUCUCCUGCAUCCCAACCUGAGGAGCUUGUGGCAAGGACGUGCAGCCCCCUGCUCCUACGCUCCCCCAGCCCGCACACCCUCCUGACCACCCUCUCGGACCCCCUGCACCAGCGUGCUCCACCCGGGAUGCACCGCAGUCAGUCUGUAGACCACCAACACCAUCCUUCCUCCUCCACCUCCUCGUGCCACGCCUCGCUGCCAUUGCCUUCCCACUCCCGUGCCGUUUGUUCACCUGGACGUAGGAAACUUCCUGCCAUUCCAGCAGCUGCCGCAAAUGCCAAGUUUCCCUCAGUCAUACGAAUCACCCGUGCUCAGCUUCAACAGCUAACUGCUCAGCGGCCCUCUGUGCUGUCCUCCCAGUCUGCAUCUGACAGCGUUCCACUGGAAAGACAUGAUUCUGAUAAUGGUAACAAUGUGAUCCAUCCACAAGACAACACUGCAGACAUCAACUCUCCACAGGAGCUGGUCCCAUUCCAAUCCACCAGUCCCUCUAACGGGGAAGGUGAUCCUUUGCUAAACGGAAAUGAACUUCAGAAACCUUCUAGCCCGUUACCAAGCCUUGUGCUGUCGCCACGCACACCUCCCUCUCCGCAAAGUCCUGUUCUUAUGAACGGCUGUCAUACACCUUCUUCAGGUGCUCAGAGAGAUGCCAACGAGCUGCUACCAGAGCUCAAAGAGCCGAAGAGUGAUUUCGCCUUACCUGACCACUCCACAGAGCACCACCAGCCCUCAUUGGAAAAGAAAAAAGAAGGGUUUCCUGGCAAAAAUGGCAGUCCCAACCCCUCAUCACCUGCCUCUGUGCCCAAACAAGAUCCAAAUCGUCGACACAGCCGUAUCCCAGUGCUAGAACCUUCUAGCCUUCUGGACCCACCAGUGGGAUCUGCUAAAGAAAAGUUGCUGCAGAAGAGGGUUCACCAUAUUCCCAUUUCACCCUCUGCUUCCCCCUCAUUAUCCUCAGAGAGGCGUGUAAUCGUGGCUGUCAUGCAGCGAGAUCAGCUCUCCUCUGCCUCUUCUGAACGCUCUCAGGAUGAUGAGUCAUUUCUAGGUUCUCAAUCCGACCGUCAGGGUGAUGAUGCUCCCUCACUCUCAUCCUCCUCCAGCCCGCUUUUACGCAAAAGCAAGAUCCCCCGCCCUGUAAUACCCAUAUCUGGUCCGGAAACCGCUACGGCACACUACCUGCCCCGCCCACCUCCAGGAAAACCACCGAGCCGUUCUGCUGUGGAUGGAAGGUUGCGACGUUACAGGAUGCGUGCCAACAGCACCAGUGACUCAAAACUGCUGACCUGUCUGGCCCAGCUAGUGCACUCCAGUUCACCACGUGGCUCUCCACACCAUAUCCGCUCCUCCCCACAGCACAUGGGCGCAAGACAUGUGUAUGUCAAUCCCACCACCGCUGCUCACGUUCUCCACCAGCGUAGCUCUAGCGCCUCUCCCCGCAGCUCCUCCUCACUGCAGCGCUCCGUAAGCUCCUCUCCAUCCCGCCAUGAGCACCGCGGGGGCUGUCUCGGGCGCAGUCGCUCUCCUCCUAGUUUUUCAGGCUCACCUCCUAUACGUCGCUAUCAUCCCCACACACAGGAAGGAUGCUGUGGCCGCCAGGCUCGUUCUGCUAUUGCGCACACCCAAUGGGGCAAAGCUGACAGCCAUGAGGUCAGGUGCUCCACCAAGCUGAGCAGAUAGUUAACCAGGGCUUUGAGAUGGUGUUAGAUCAAGUGAAUGGAUUUAAAAGGGACCUCUGGGUACUCGCCCACCCCUAUAACUGCAUUCUUCUCUUUUCUAGAUGCACCUUUGCUUUCUUUGCUUCUUUGGUCUCGUUUUUAAGGUGUAAGCCUUUUAAGAACACUAAAGUAUAGGAGAGAAUAUGGAAGGUUAUUUGUGAAGCUGAUUGACCAAUUCUCUAGUGCUUUGUAGUUGUUUUCUUUUUAACAUUCCAGAGCUUUUAUGAAAAUGAUUGUAUGUAUUUAUGAACGAUAUGGGGUUGUCUAUUUGCAUCAAGCAAAUAGUAUUAUAGUAUUUAUUAUGUUAAUUAUUUGGGCAUUGAUGCACAUUGCAGUUCUCUUAAGAGUGCAGUGGCAGGUACACUGACAAAUCAUGCCACCCUUUCUCGCUCUUACUCUUCUAGUAUUUUUUUAGUUACUGUCAGCACCUUGAAUUGUAAAUAUGUGAACACGGCUGCUUCCAGGUUCCUCCUUUUUAAGUUUUUGUGUUCAGGGUGGUUGAAACACAAUUCAUAAUGCAAUACAAGUAUGUGUUGCAUUCUCAGUGUUGCCACAAGGAGCGAUAUACCGGCCAGUUACCUUUCAAGUAUGGUUCAAUCAACAUUGCAUCAGUAGCUGACCCUAUGGGCAAUCUCCUUCCUCCUCGAUCUACCUGAAGCUUAUUAAAUAAUGCCAGUGCAGUUGUAACUCGCACUGUGUGCACCGUGGUCAGGGCCUAUCGACCCUCAAGCAUGGCAUGCUCUAGCUGGGUCUGGCCAGUCGCCAACCUCAGAGGCAACUCUUGCUUUAAUGCCUUUGCGAGGUAACUGCCUGCUUCAGGUUUUUCAGGCCUAACUCCUGAAUUCCCUGGAUGAGAAUAGUCCAGACCCCAAAGCCUUUAAGGAUCUCCAUAGGGCGACAGACUUUGUGCUGAAGCCCACCGAGUGCAUGGCCCAGGGAAUGUCUCCGGUUAUUAUCGGACCUUGGUUCCCUGAGAGAUGGGAAUGAGACAUUACAUAAAUUGCCUUGUUCAUUGCUCAGAUUAGCCACAUUCUGCAGUUCAGUUGAAAGAUUCUGAGGAAACGGUGCUUGGACUGUGUGUUAUAUAGGGAUGGUGGCUUCGCCCAUGUCCCCGUCUUGAUCUGCAUUGGCCAGUGCGAGUUGCAGCUGCACUGGCGUUAUUCAGUAGGCUUCAGGUAGUUUAGAGAGGAAGGUGAUUCCCUAUAGUAUCAUCUAAUGAUGCAAUGUCUUGUUCUUGUCUCUCAAGGAACUGAGGUAAUUCUAGUAACCAGAGAUGUUUUCCAAUCAGUUUUAACCUUCGGGUUAGGCACUGUCAUGGCAGUGCAAUAGUUGUAGAGAAUCAUGCUGGUUGGAUAAAAUUAGAGAACUGUCAAAAUGUUUAUAGCUACCUACUGAAUGGUAGCACAUCCAGUUGAACAUCACAGACAUUUGAUUGUGACUGCAUGCCUGCAACGCAUUGGCCAAGGAUUCAUGCUUGCGUUCACAUACUUGUAGAAUAUGUUUCUGGCCUAAGUGAGUGCAAGAGGAAUGCCAGAAUUGCAGUUCCUUCUUCUUCUCCUCUAAAAAAUGCACACUGUGGUAACAAUCAAAAAUAGUCUUGCACUUUUUAAUGUGCAUAAAGAAGUUGUUUGGAGUAUACAGUGUGGGACAUGGCAGGGGUAAGCUUCCAGAAUUUAGGAGUCACAAACAAUUAUUAUGACUAGAGCUUGUGAUAUCCCACAGCAUUAUACAGUUUUUAAAUGAAACACAUCCACAUUAAAGGAACAUGCCCACAUUUU